AUGGGUAAGAAGAAGCGCGGUCAUCCGGAUCUCGAAGAAUUACUCGCCCGACCUUGGUGCUACUACUGCGAACGGGAUUUCGACGAUCUGAAAAUCCUAAUAUCGCAUCAGAAAGCGAAACAUUUCAAGUGUGAACGAUGUGGGCGAAGAUUGAAUACCGCUGGAGGUCUUUCGGUUCACAUGAGCCAAGUCCACAAAGAACAGCUAAGUGAAGUCGACAAUGCUUUACCCAACAGAUCAAGUCUUGAUAUCGAGAUCUUUGGCAUGGAAGGUGUCCCUGAAGACGUCAUCCAAGCUCACAACCAGCGUGUCCUCGCACAAUUUCAGCAAGCUGAAGCUGAGCGCCGUGCAGCUACGGGAAAUCCUCCACCGGGAGUUACGAAAGAUGGUGGUGCAGCGAAGAAACCAAAACUGGAGAUUUCGGAUUUGAAGAAGCGUUUGGCGGAGCACAAGGCGAAACUGGCUACUGACGGUAAGCCUUCGGAGGCAAGUAGUGGUUCAGUCACACCUGUUGGAGCUGGACAGAGCGCAAGUCAAAGUUCUAGUCAUACUCCAAGUGGUUUUCAGAGUCAGACUUAUCAAACCCCCCCUGUUCAACAAUCCGCGCCCAGUGUUCCAGUACCCAAUCAAUAUCCUUAUCCUGCAGCACCCUACGGUACCGUUAAUCCUCCUUAUCAACAUACUCAGAGCCCUGUGUAUCCAAACUUCCCGCCGAAUGGGCAACAGGUACCACCAACCCCACAGCCAUAUGGCGCUCCACCCUAUGCUUCUCCGCCCCAGUUUCAACCUGGACAAACACCAUACGCAGCAACUACUCCAUCAACUCAUCCAUAUGUACAACAGCAACAGCAACCCGCAAGGACACACACGCCUCCCCAUAACCUACCACAAUUUCCUCCCCGUCAAGGCAGUCUUCCCACCGCGCCUGGUCUUCCGCAGCGGCCAUCCUUCAGUGGCACGCCAGCGAUCGCGCAUCCAUUACCUCCAAUGCAGCAUCCACUUCCUGGUAUGCCCUCUCCCUCUAUUCCUCAAGGAUAUGGCCAAUAUUCUCCACCACAAACCACUACACCAGCCGUAUCUAUCGCACAACUAUCGACAUCAGUUGACGAAUUAAUAUCCGGAGCUGCUAAAACAGCAGAAACUGCACAAAGUCAGGGAACACCGGCACCAACAACUGAAAAGCAGCCAUCUACACCAGCGGAGGAAAAGAAAGGGAAAAAGGAAAAGGACAAGUCAAAGACAAGGUUGGUGUAUUCCGACAACGAGACAAGCCCCGAGGAAAAAAUGGCAAGUUUGCCGAGAUAUGCGUACUCUCCUCCUCAUCUAGCGGGGAGGGAGACUGUUCUUAGCGAUGCUACUGUUCCAGCAGUUGCCCGUCCAACGACGAAUUCUGACGAUGUUCUUGAUGCUUCUGGUUAAGGAACGCCCUCUCUCCAAGAAGACGCAAAACCCGGACGCAAACUAUAACUAGUGGGUCGUUCUUGGACAAAACAAGCUAAGUUCGACAUCACUAUAUCAAAUAAGUACCACCUUUGUUUGAAGAGAAACAAAAGCACACUUCUUUUUCCCUGAUGUGUUUUAGCAUGGCACAACAAGUGCUGGACUCGAAAGUCUCGGAAGUCCCACACGUAUCAAAUAUACAAUCGUUGGCCAGAACGCGAGAAUUGCACAAAACGUGACUUCCAUUUCUCGACACACAUUUCAUACCCUUUUACGGUCAUCUGUCGGUGAGUAGGGGUUAUACUUUGCCUCUUCCUUCGCAAAGCUGAUUGAUGAAUAUCAUCCUAUUCGUUGCCUUCAUCCCUUGUUAUACUCUCAGCGUGUUCAUGCGGGUGUCUCUAAUUUACAAAACUCGUCAUCCACGUUGAGCUCAUACGAUUACGAGUGAGGCUUUUUCGUUUACCGGUGUAUCGUGCGUACUAAAGGUUGGUUCCAUGUUCUUGACCUGAAAGGUAGGCACGUCCUUUCAUCUAUUAAAAGCGUCCUGUUCUAGAUUAAUACAUAUGAUCGUUUUUCUGUCUUUGA